GUCGAGGACAUUGUAGACACAGGAAAUACCCUAUCCUCUCUUAUUGCACACCUGGAAACAAAAGGAGCAUCUUCUGUAUCGGUUUGCACUUUUCUGGAUAAACCUGCGAGAAGGCAAGUUCAUUUUAAGCUAGUGGGAGAGGGAAAAUUUUAUCGAGGUUUUGAGUGCCCAGAUUAUUUUGUCGUUGGCUAUGGCAUGGAUUAUGCUGAACUUUAUAGAAACCUGCCUUAUAUUGGUGUCCUUAAGCCAGAAAUAUACAAAUGAAGCUUUGAUGUAUCCAGGGAACAUCACUAAUGUGUUUAAAUUUUUUGAGGAAACUACAGGUUGGAUCUGUAGCCUAUGCAUCAUUGUAGCACAGAAUGUAUAAGAUUGCGAAUAGCUGCAAUAAAGUAUGAUUUAUUUCUUGAA